AUGGCCCCCCAUUGUACAGACACACCGCCUGUACCCGAAGCAGAUUCAACUCCAACACAGCACGAUGGCCACUUAUUCCACAGAUCACUUGCUCAAGCCCCGCAUAUGGUGGAAUCCGCCUCUGGAAGCAACUUACAUCUUUCCAAUGGCCGAACCGUCAUCGACGCCUGUGGUGGUGCUGCUGUAGCUAUCAUUGGUCAUGGAAACCAAGAAGUGCAAAACGCAAUCAUCAAGCAGGCCCAAAAAGUCAGCUACGUUCAUACCCAAUCAUACACCACGCCAGUUGCCGAGGAGUUGGCCGAUUUUAUUCUAGAUGGAACACCUUACGGGCUUGAGAAGGCGCUCUUCUUGGGAAGUGGAAGUGAGGUAAUUGAAGCUGCGAUGAAAUUGGCCCGACAGUACCAUUUUGAGAGAAAUGAGCCAGACCGGAUACAUUUUGUUUCUCGGAAGCAGAGCUACCAUGGGAACACCAUGGCUUCCAUGUCAAUAUCGUCUAAUUUGGCGAGAAAAGUGCCGUAUAAGGGCUUUGAGUACCAACAUGUGUCGCAUGUUACGCCGCCGUAUGCGUACCGGUACAAGUUGGAUGGCGAAUCGGAUGUCCAAUUCACGGAAAGACUGCUCCGAGAACUGGAGGACGAGUUUCUGAGAGUUGGCCCCGAGAAAGUAAUUGCCUUUGUUGCUGAGCCUAUCAUCGGCGCAACGGCGGGCUGCAUUGUUCCGCCGACGGGAUAUCUCUCUGGUGCUCGAAAGGUUUGCGACAAGUACGGCAUUCUCCUGAUUUUAGAUGAAAUCAUGUGUGGCACCGGACGGACUGGCACGUUCUUUGCCUUUGAGCAGGAAAACGUGGUGCCGGAUAUUGUGACGGCGGCUAAGGGUUUGGGAGGUGGUUAUGCCGCCAUUGCUGGCAUGUAUGUCCAUACUAAGGUCGUUAAUGCUCUUAGACAAGGGAGCCAGGCGCUCAACCACGGUCAUACAUACCAAGCGCAUCCUAUGUCUUGCGCUGCUGCCUUGGCCGUACAGAAGAUCCUCAGAAGAGAUGGCCUUGUUGAGAGGUGCCGAGAUAUGGGUCUUGUACUGGAGAAGCUGCUUCGUUCGGAGCUGGCGGAAUGCAAGUCCGUUGGGGAUAUCCGUGGUCGAGGGUUGUUUUGGGCAGUCGAGUUUGUGAAGGACAGCAUCACGAAGGAGACAUUUGAUCCGUCUCUGGGCUUUUCAGGCAAGGUGACGCAGGUUUCUUUCCACAAAGGCGUUGCUGUAUAUCCUGGUGUUGGAACGGUGGAUGGGUUGAAGGGCGACCAUAUUUUGUUGGCGCCGCCGUACACUGUCACGGAGGAGGAGUUGGCGACAAUUUGUCAAACAUUGAAGGAAGCUAUUUUGUCUCAAGAGGCGUUGCAUCUUUGA